AGGUUGUUAUUGUUGCUAACAUUUGUUUGUAUGUUUAUGUUUUGAGCAAGCUUUAUUUCUGAAAACAUACUUUUGACUGGAAAAAGAAAUAAGAUUGUCUGCUAUAAUAGAAUAAAGCAACAAUGGAAAUGCAUGUAUAUAUCAUUUAUACUGUACUGUCGUUACUUCUGUUCGUUACGUUUUCUACGGAAUUAACAUGUGUAAAUUCACACUGUCGGAACAAUGAAUGUGUGGAAGAUGGAAAAUGUUUACAAGGAUGCGAGGACGGUUUUAUCACUGACGACAAAGGUCAUUGCAUAAAAGGUUGUUCUGGAAAUUGUUCAACGUGUGACAAUGAUAUCUGUACUGAUUGUAAAAGCGGGUAUUUUGGACCUCAGUGCUUAAAAGCAUGUGAAGGAUGUAAAAAUGGUUCUUGUAUAAAGAAAAAUGGAAAAUGUAUAGAAGGUUGUAAACGUGGAUAUGACAAUCUUCCUUGGUGUAACAUCUCAAGUACUGAUCACGAUCAUCACCACCAUCGGCAUCAUCAUCACAAAGCUAAAACGACAAAACUACAAGAGGAGGAAAAAUCGAGAUCGCUCUUUAUCUGGAUAGCAGGGACGAUAAUCUUGUCAGUGGUUGUUGCCAUAGUUAUCCUGAUUGCUCUCAUAGUCUACAAUCGAGGUACUGACAAAAGUUCGCCUGGUCAGUCGGCAUCAGAACAUUUGAAUGCAGAAAAAGACGAAACAACAGAACUUGAGUGAAGUCAGUCAUCGGGUGUUUUACAUCCGGUUUUCAAAACAAUUAGCUUAUUAUUUAAAGAAAUUGGGCUAUGUUGUGCUAUUUACAUGUAAUGGACAACUGUUUUUAGCCUAAACUAAAAAGUUCUGAGAAUGAAUGCCAGAUAUGAUUAAGAAAAUCUCAUGUUUAAGCUUGACCCGUUCGUAAAUAUGAUUGUAGAAGGAAAAUGGUCAAAUAUACAAGUGCUUUUUAUUUGGAUGAAAGGAGUUACUUCGUUUUGCAUGACUCAAUAUUAGCAAUGUUCAAUAUGUCAUAUUUGGAGAAAAGAAAUGUUUUGAUUUCAAACUGGAAGCGGGUGUACUCAAAUUAUCCAUAUUAGUUUUGAUAAUUUAUACAAAAACAUGAAAUGGGACAUUAAUGUUUAUUACACACCUACGCAUGCAUCUCAUGUGAUUCUGAUAAAAAAUAGUACCUCGACGUUCAUGAUGUUGAUACCCUGCAUUGCAUGACUAUACACUCUGUUUCAACAAUAUGUUUACAGAAUGAGAAAAUGUUUAGAGAAAACCCCAGAUAUUAAAAACAAAAUGUUCAAAUAUAAAGAAGCCUACUUGUAGAAAGUAUGGAGUGUUGUACAGAUGAACUUUUAAGUGGAACGUACAAACAGGACAUUUGUAAAAACUAUAGUAUAAAAGUGUUCUUCUGUCCAAACUCUUACUUACAUGUACAACAUGCAUUUCAUGACACACUAUUUUGAAGAAAGAGUUAAAGAACUAUACAAAUCUUCUUCUUAUCGUAUAUUUUUCUAAAAUAUUCAUCUUUGAGUAGAGUCCAAACAAUUGAAAUAGAAAUACAUAUAAUUACAAAGUUAUAUUCAAAAUACACUAAAAUGUACACCGUAUGUAAGAGUUAAUUAAAUUUGAUAUAUUCAGCAAAAAUAUGCAACAAUUUCCGACAUUACAGUUCAAUUAAUUUCAGGCCAUUUGUUUGUGGUACGACAUUUGAUUUAUUGGUGCUUUCUUUUAAAAGAAUUCUGCUGUGUAUACUUUCGUUAUAAAUUGUUUUAACCUGCAUGUUUUUUCUUAAGUGUGAUAUUGUAAAAUGAAAUAUAUAAAUAUUCCCCAAUGAAGAUAAAGUGUUAAGUAUUGUUUUGUACGGCCAUUUGACUAUGUUAGUUUUUGCUUCGCUGUUCUUGCCCAGCAGACUGGUGUUUCAGGAAUAAUUACCCGUGCCGGCAAUACUCAUCUGGCUCACCAUGCCAGGUGACUGUCGUGUUGUUAAUGGCAAUUAACGAUUCGCGCAUUAAACUAAACCGGAAUGUUAUUGCUUUGACAUCAUUUUAGUUUACGCAAAGUUCCGGUUUAGUUUAAUCAUUUGUAGCGUUACGUUAUGUUUUUCUGUGAAAUUACUUAUUUUGAAUCGAGAACUAUACUACAAGGGACAAAUACCAAAUAUCAGGUAUUUAAUUUUGAUCUAACUUUACAUAACAAUAUACAAGUACAAGCAAUGUACGAAUUGUUGGUUGUCAUUAAGACAACACGCGUCAUCUGACAUCGGGGUACCUGAUAAGUAAUGGCGGCAUGGGCUAAUGGGUAUACAAGGGUUUCUUAUAUUUAAUGUCAGAAGUCUAAAAAUGUCGAACACAAGAACAUUUAAUGAUAAAUCUCUAAACAUCAAAGUUCUUUGGUUCAACGAUAAGUCGCCAAACACCGAACUCGAAUAGGUAUGUCUCCAAACACCAUAGUCCUUCGAUUUGACGACGCGAAUAGAUAAGUCUUCAAACACAAAAAUCUUUCAAAAGUUAGAUUAUACUACUUCUAAGUUAGUUAACCAGAUACUAUUAACGACCAUAACACUUAGAAAUAGCUUCAGGUUCAGAUCUGUAACUUACAAACUACUGUUAGGCUGUCCGUCUGCUCUUUCUUUGCUAUAUAUUUUGCCAUGUUUACCUUUGAAGCAUAAAAUUGUAAAAUGUAUGUUCGUAUGAAUUCUGGAACCUUCCGUUUCAUGCUAUGUUGCCAAUUUGCAUGAGUAUUCGAUGUGUUCGUUUUUACUGACGAGACUUAAAUAAAUUCCUCCGUUACGCCAUGCUAAAUGAAGACUUAAUUUAUUCAUACGGGCUGGUGUAAAAACUGGUGUUUUCUGAACAUAAUCUCCUCUAAUUAUGUAGAUGCGUCAGCAAAAUCGUACUGCACUUAGAUUUUAUUCGUUGCCUUAAUUUAUUCUGCAACAGAAAUGUAAUUAAGCGAAACCAAGAUAGGACAGAGGAAAUAUUUAGAGCUCGAGUGUAUAAUUCAAUACGUUUUAAUCCAAUUUUAAAGCAGUCAGAUGACUUAUAGUAUUAUUGUAACACCAUAUUUUCAGUAUUCACGCAAAGUUUGCUGAGCAGAGUCUUUUGUCUUUUUGCUACGCCUUCUACAAAAGCAUUGGAGAUUAACCCUAAGCCUGCCGGCAGCAAGUGAUUCUGCCUUUGCGACCAGUGCAGACCAAGAUCAGCUUGCACAUCCGUGCAGUCUGAUCAUGGUCUGCACUGUUCGCUAUUCAGUCAGUAAAUAUUCGGUGAACACCCAUUCAAAUAAUAAAUGGUAUUGCCCAAAUUGAAUGAUGUACCAGUCCAUUUUUUAAAAGUUAGCGGGCUAAAGGUUAAAAUAAAAGUUCCAUGGUCUGCAAUAUUCUAUUUAGCUUGAACGGUUUUUGUCAGGUCAGGAUCCCGUGUCCCGAGUCCAUCAUUGCAGAUCAAGGUAUAGCUUUAAUAACCCUUUUAUUAUAUACACAUACCAUCAACUGUUAUAUCAGACAAAAUGAGGUUGAAAUUCGUUUGAAACGGUGAAAGUUUUGAUGACUAAAACAAGCACCGUUGAAUAUUUGUCCAUAUGCAAUGGGAGUUGAAUACAGCAUUUGUUAUUCAUUAGUAUAGUACAGACUGUAUUUCAGACAGACAGAAUAAAAUAAAGAAAAUAUG